AUGGGAAAUGGUUGUAGUUGUAAACCAUCCUCUGCUCACAAAAAAAAAGAAGUCUUACUAAUUCUUCAUCCUCAUUUUAGUUCUCGUCCAAAUGCUGGUAAAAAUAGUGUUUAUCAAAGUUUACAAAAGUAGAAAAAUUUAUUUAGAAUAUCAAUAACAAAUAUGAAUGUAAAGAACAUUUAAGAGGAGGUACCUCAAAACAGAACUUAUUAUAUUUCAGUUAAGUUCCUUAAUUUAGAUAAACAGUAUGUAACUGAAAACUUGAGUGGAAGGGAUUUAAAGAUUGAUUUAGUUUUGGAGUAAGAUAUGGAGUUAACAGAGUAGCAGAUGAUAGAUUGUGAAGUUCUUAUAUAGGUGUUGCAUUAUAGACAAAAUUAUUAAGUAAUAGGAGUAAAGCAAAACCUAUUAGCGACAGCUAAAGGUCCUUAUCAUCAUGAUUUAAUCAUUAACUGGCCAAAUCAAACAUAAGGUAGAAUAUGUUACGAUUUUAGAAUAUAACACUUUACAAAAAUGGACUUGUAAGUUAAGUAAGCUUCAUGCUUUUUAAAUAACGGGCUUAACUAAUAAAACUAUAAAUUUUGUAUCAAGUUUAAGACAGAAAAAAAAAUAUUUUAAUCAAGCUUCAGCAAUAACUACCAUAAUUAGUUUUGGGAUCUAUCGAAAGAAUAAAACUAUAAUGAUAAUUUUACAAAUUAAUAGAGAUUAUCUUCUUAGCAAAAUAAAGAUUAAUUUCUAAAGGAAUAGAAUAAUUAUAACAAUAAUAGUAUUGAAGACUUCGAUAAUGAUUAAAUAAAUGAAUUUAUUGUUAACAGAUAAUUGUAUAAAGCAAACGGCUAAAAUAAGAUAGGAAUAUAAACAUCGUAAAUUAAAAAAAUUCCUUUUAUGAAAACAAACAAAAAUGAAAUAUAGAAUCAUGAUUAAAAUCAAUUAAAGGUAAAUCCUCUGAUAAAACAAAGAACUAUUCACAAAGUCUCAUCCUUUGUGAUUGAUAAUGGAAAAUAAGAAAAAGCAAGUCCACUUAAAAAAAAAAGGAGAUCUUCAGAGAUUAUUUUUUAAAAUGACUUAAAUUUUGAUUUUAUUUGCAAAUAAUAAAUAAAAAAGAAAUAAAGCUAGUAUUUUAGUAAUGAUAUUCACAAUUUUGAUGAUUUCAUUAAAGAGGAGAAAUGUGAUAGCUCUCUUAGUUAAUAAUAAGAGUCUUCUGAAUACUAAAUACAAUCAAUUUAAAAUCCAAAUACUAUUUUAUGGGAUUUUGAAAAUGAAAUAAAUAAAAAAGUGUAAUUAAGUUUUUCUAUUACAACUCAUUCUGUUGGUAAUAGCUGUAUUAAAUUUUGUUUAUGGGUUUAAACACAAAAUUAGUAAAUUAAAGAAGAAGAUUUAAAAUAUUCAUCUGAAGAUUUCGAUUAAGACUCUCAAGAUGGUUAAUAAAAAACUCCAAAAAGCUAAGUUACUUUUUUUGAAGAGUAAAUUGCAGAAUGCUAUAUACCAUUUUCAAAAGUUUUAGCAGAGGAAGCUAUGAUUGUUUCAAGAGAAGAUCUUAUAUAUGAAUAAAGAAUUUUACAUGUUCGAGAAAAGCUUUGGAGUUAAGGACAAGAUUUUGGAUUUGUAGAUUUGUAAAUCUAAUCACAAACAUUGCCUUAUCUUAAAUAGAUACUUGUAGGAGUAAUGACAGAAAAAGGAAUUUAGAAAUCUAGUCCUUCUGUAUAUUUUAGAGACGACAAUAUAGACUCAGAGAUAAACUAAUUAAAUGAAGCAAAAAAUUUAUUGAUUGAAAACACUUUUCGAUUAUAGUAAAAUAAUGCAGAAAUCGUUGGUUUCGAAAGAUUAAAAUUAAAAGAGGAAUUACUAAAUCACUUUAAUAAAGUUUUUCAAAUAUCUUAAAUGACUCAUAAAUAAUCUACUACUUCCUUUUACUACAAAUCUUAAAAUGAUUUGAUUAGGGCUUAGACUAUAUUGAUUGAGUUAGCAGAUCAUUUACUUAGUUAUGCUGAUGAAGUAGAUGAGUACUUGAGGGAGUCUUAUUAUAAAUGUUUAAAAAUGAUUUUAAAUAGAGGUGAAUUUAAUUUAGACAACAUAGGAUUCAAGUAGUCUUAUCAGCAAUUUGUUAAAGGUAAGGCAAAAAACUUCUAAUUUAAAACAAACUAAAAGCAGGAAAUAUAAGAUUUAAAAAAAAAGUUAAAAGUUGGCUUGCAGUAUUAGAAUUUAAUGUAUUAAACACUUGAAAAAGUUCUCUUAAAAACAGAAUCUAAAUAUCUUAAUGGAGAAGAAAAAGGUUUUGUAGAAAACUACUGUGCUAUUGCUUUCUUUCGUAUACCUUUAUUCUAAUAGAAUUUUCUUUCAUGUCUUAAAUUCAAUGAUCUCAGUAUCCCAGAAGAUUUAAAAAAUAUAUUUCAAUAUUUUGAUCAAAGAGCUUCUAUCAUAGAAGGAAAUAAGGUUUUUGAAUCACUCUUUGAUUGGUAAUACUUUUUUGAGUCAUACAUGUUAUCUGAUUAGCAAGGAGAAAAAAAUUAUGAGCAUCUCCAAUAGAUAAUAAAUGAAAACUAAAAGUAUUGGUAAAGGAUAAGCAAAAAAGGGAGCAGCUUUUUCUUUUUUCUUUCAGAAUGGGCUCUUUAUGUUAACAAUACUGUUAUUUCAAAGGAUCAUAUACCAUGGAAUGAAUUACCUGGAUAUCAAAUACUAAUGAAAUCAUUUUUACUAUAAAUGGCUAAAAAAGAAACAAGAAAUUUGAUAGAUUCUCUAAAGAUUGCUUCUAUGAAUUUGCUUUUGAAUCCUAAUUUGCUCAAAAUAUAUAUUCAUAUAGCUUAUAGAAAUACAAAAGUUUUUGAUCAUAGGAAUGUGAUGAGUACUUUCAAUCUUAUUGAUUUGUGGAUGCAAACUCUCUCUUAAAAUCACCAAAAUAUUCCAGCAGAUUUUGAUUUGAAAUCUUUUUUAAAAGGCAUUCAAAUGAUUUUAGAAGGAGAUCAUGCAAUGUGUAUAUCUAAAGGGCUUGCUAUUAUUUAUAAUAAUUAUAACUUACUAUCAAAUGAUAUCAGAUAAGAGGUGAUUGAAUAUCUUUUUGGAAAUAUCUUUUUUAAACUUUUUAUGCACUGGUCUUAAAAUGUUAGAUAUGUAUUUCAUCAUCUUUUAGUCUAUAGGAUAGAACAUCUAACUAAAAAGUUUUAAUUACCUAAGCAAGAUUUAAAAAUAUAAUACAGACAUUCUCAAGAUAGAUUAAACUUAUCUCAGCAUAAAGCUAAUGAAUUAAACAAGAAGUAUUUAAAAAUGAUGAGAGUUUUAGAAAACGCCAAUUAUAAUUAUCAGAAUAUAACUAACUAAUAGACUUCAAACAACUAAAAAAUAUCUCAAGCAAAACGUUUAAAAUAAAAGCUCUUAGAUAGAAAAAAAUUUUAAGAAGUAAAAAAAGUUGGUCAUUUUAGUAAAUAAAAUACUAAUUAAUAAGAUGAAGACUCCAAAUUGAAUAAUAAAUAAUUUAAUUUUCCAGUUUAUCAUACUCAUAGCAUUGAAUAGCUAGAUUUCGAUAAUUAAAUGCUGCAAUCUAUAAAUACACCUAAAGCUUUACACCAUUAAAAAACAGAUGAAACAGAAAAUAACUUAGUUACCUUAACUGAAGGUCUUUUAAGAGAAGAUACUUAAUUAACUUCUAAGUCUAUAUUAGGAAAUUAAUCAAAAAAUUAGAAUCAUUCACCCACUGUUAAUGGCUUUAAAUCUGAAAUAGUUGAUACUUAAGAACAUUCAAUAUUAUAAUAAUAAACAAAUAAUAAAAAUUAAAAAAGAGAUGCAAGAAGAGAAAAUAAAAGUGUUCAAUUUAAUUAAAAAUAGAAUUCAAGCUUAACUAUAAUUGAAUAAUCAUUUUAUAUAUCUGAAAUGGACAUUUAGACUGAAACAAAUUAAGUUAAUGAUAAAAGCUUUGUUUCUAAGUCAUCUAAGCUGAGUAAGCAAGAAGAAAAUAAGAUGGAAGAUAAUGACAAUUAUCAAGAUCAAAAUCAUAAGUAUGCAUAAAAAAAUUUUUAAAUAUAAAAAAUAAAAAGAAGCAUUACAGAGCAUAUAGAGCAUAAUGAUUAAUAUGAAGAAUAAGAAAAUUAAAGUAACGACCACUUUUCUUUAUAAAAUACACGAAGUAAUAAAAAAUAAAUUGCAAGAGAUGGCUUAAAAAGAAUAUCUUUUGUUUCCCCACAUAAAAAGUAAAAAGCACUAAUAUCCGGAAAUAAGUUCUUAUAUAUAGAAACAUUAGAUAAAGGAAAUUCUUUAAAAAAAAUUGAGAAAUAAUAUAUUCGCUACCUCCCUUAGGCAUUUGAAGAGUUUAUGUAAAUAAAGCAAGAAUAUUAAGAAUGGUACAAACCACAUGAAUAAAUUAUAAAUUCAAUGUUAAGCUACGAUAAAAUGGCAAAGUACCUUAAAGAUAUUGAAGUCCCAUAAGUUAUUUGGAAACAAUCUAUUGAUAGAUUAGAAGGCUAUGGCUAUUUCUAUUCAGAUGAAUGA